UUUGAAGAUGAUCAAGUACCCAGAGACACGUAGAGAUGAGGGUAGUAUCGACGAUUAUAACGGCACAAAAGUGCCGGACCCCUAUGCUUGGCUGGAGGACCCAGACAGCGAAGAGACAAAGGCUUUUGUGGAUGCUCAGAACAAUCUGACCAUGCCGUUCCUUGAGAAAUGUACCAGCAGAAAGCCAUUCUAUGAUAGACUGAAGGAGCUGUGGGACUUCCCCAAGUAUGGCUGUCCCUUCAAGCGAGGCUCACGUUACUUCUACUUCAUGAACACAGGACUGCAGAACCAGAAUGUCAUGUACGUCCAGGAUUCACUCGACGCUGAGCCGAGAGUCUUCCUAGACCCUAACACGUUCUCAAAGGAUGGUACGGUGGCCCUGCGAGGCCAUUCUUUCUCAGAGGACGGAGCGUAUUUAGCCUAUGGGCUUAGCACGGGAGGAUCUGAUUGGGUCACUAUCAAAUUCAUGGAUGUUGCCAAAGGUGAACCUCUGCAAGACACUCUGGAGAGAGUCAAAUUCAGCUGCAUGGACUGGACGCAUGAUGGCAAGGGCCUCUUCUACAAUUACUAUGUUGAGCAAGACGACAAGGCAGUUGGCACAGAGACCAAGUCCAACGUCAACCAGAAGCUGAAGUAUCACGUCCUGGGCACGCCGCAGUCUGAGGACGUCCUGUGUGCAGAGUUCCCUGAAAACCCUAAAUGGAUGAGUGGUGCUGAAGUGAGCGAUGACGGUCGUUAUGUCAUCCUGGGCAUCAGGCAAGGCUGCGACCCAGUCAAUAGGCUGUAUUACUGUGACUUGGAGAAGAUCGAUCAUAAAAUAUCUGGAAUUCUACCCUGGGUGAAACUGAUCGACAACUUUGACGCCGAGUAUGAGUACAUCACCAAUGAAGGCACGCUGUUCACAUUCAAGACCAAUCUGAAAUCGCCCAAGUACAAACUCAUCAACAUUGACUUUGCACAGCCAGACAUGGAAAAUUGGAAAGACCUGGUACCUGAGUCAGACACAGACGUCUUGGAGUGGGCAGCGUGUGUAUGCAAGGAUAAACUAGUCCUAUGCUACCUGCAUGAUGUUAAAAAUGUACUUCAUCUUUAUUCGUUGGGCGCCGGUGAAAGACUGACGACGUUCCCUCUAGACGUUGGUACUGUCACAGGAUACUCGGGACGCAAGAAGGACACUCAGAUCUUCUACCAGUUUACAUCUUUCCUGACACCUGGCGUCAUCUACCGAUGUGAGUUGGAUCAGGGGGCAAUCGAACCCAAGACAUUCCGGGAGAUCGAAGUGAAAGGGUUCGACGCCAGUCUGUAUGAGACCACACAGGUCUUCUAUGACAGCAAAGAUGGCACCAAGAUACCGAUGUUCAUUGUGCAUAGGAAGGGUAUAGAGAUGUCUGGUGACCAUCCCGUAUUACUCUAUGGCUAUGGGGGUUUCAAUAUCUCCAUCAUGCCCAGCUUCAGUGUCUCCAGACUCGUCUUCAUCAGGCAUCUAGGAGGAAUCUUGGCCAUCCCUAAUAUACGAGGAGGCGGGGAAUACGGAGAGACUUGGCACAAAGCAGGCAUGCUGGGUAACAAACAAAACGUCUUUGAUGAUUUCCAAUGUGCAGCGGAAUACCUCAUCCAAAACAAGUACACCAACGCUAAAAGAAUUGCAAUAAAUGGCGGGUCUAACGGUGGCUUGUUAGUUGGAGCCUGUGCCAAUCAGCGACCGGAUCUAUUUGGAUGCGUCAUCAAUCAAGUCGGUGUUAUGGACAUGUUGAAGUUCCACAAGUUUACCAUCGGUCACGCCUGGACAACAGACUACGGCUGUGCUGACAAGCAAGACGAAUUCGACUGGUUGAUCAAGUACUCCCCCCUUCACAACAUCAAACCUUCAGCAGAUCCUAGCGUCCAGUAUCCAAGCACCAUGCUACUGACGGGGGACCAUGACGACAGGGUGGUUCCCUUACACUCCCUCAAAUUCAUUGCUACACUACAGCACGCCCUGGGCAGUGUUCCACAACAGACCAAUCCGCUCUUUGUACGCGUGGAUACCAAGUCAGGCCAUGGGGCGGGCAAGCCCACGGCCAAAGUGAUUGAGGAGUAUUCAGAUAUCUAUGCAUUCAUCGCUGAGACAUUGGGCAUUUCCUGGAAGGAAUGACAAAUUAGCCAUUUUAAAGCAGGGUAUUUGUGGAGGCUUUAAACAGUUAAAGGAAUUUGGAAUUUUUGUGGUGCAAAACAACGAAGGUAUAGUUCCUUUAAGGGAAUAAACAUCAUUUGCUUUUGCUGUAAUUUUCAGAAAUGGAUGGAUUGGGGGGUUAGUAAGAUAUAGCAAAUAUUGUUACACUGAUU